AUGUCAGUCACUACAUAUGAUAAAGAUAGAGAAUUAUUUGCACGUGUUGGCAAAGACAACAGAAUCGAAGUUUAUAAUUCAUUCAACGGUAAACUUUUACAUAGUUUCACAGAAGUAGAAGAAACUGAAAACGAAUAUACUUUAUUAGCUUUUUCAAGCCAUAAUAAAACAGAAUCUAAAGAAAAUUUAAAAAAUUUAGUUGCAGUUUCAAGUUCAGGUACAUGUUAUUUAUAUGAUGUUAUUGAUUUUAAAAAGAAGGGCGUAUUUUCAACACAUUCAAAAACCAUUACUGCAGUAGUUUUAGGUAAAAAGUAUCUUUUCACUGCAGAUACACAAGGUAAAGUUUAUCAAUGGGAUUGCUCAAGCAAGAAGAGUAUUAGAAAUUUACAAGCCUCAGAAAAGAUGGUUUCAAGUAUGACAUUAAAUAAUAAAGAAACUCAAUUAAUUUUAGCAAAUAAUGGUAUUCAAAUUGUUGAUCUCUCCAACUUUAGAGACAGCAAAAAGAUUUCAAAUAUUGGUUCACAAAACAUCAAAGAGAUUACAUUCACUCAAGAUGAUAAAUAUUUAGUUCUUCACAAAAAAGAUAGUUUAGUUUCAAUCUAUGCCAUGGACAAACUCACAGCAAAUGAUUCUACAGUUACUUUUACAUUAAACGCAAAUGGUCCAGUCCAAUCACUUUCAGUUUUCACACACGAUAUUAAACGUUCCAAUAAAAACAUCACCCAAUAUCUUAUUUCUGCACUCUUAGAAUCUUCACAAGUUAAUAUUUUUGCUUACUAUCAAGAUGAACAAUAUAAUAAAGGUGCCGAAUCACCAGUCUCUGAAAUCAAUCCAAACUCCCAAAAUAUUUAUUCAAUGAAUUUAAUUAGUACAACCGAAUUAGUUUUAUCAAUUUUCGAAAAAGAGAAAUAUCAUUUUGAAAGAGUUAAAUUCUUUGAUAAAAAUAUUUUCAUUAAAUCAAUUACAUUAGAAAGAUCAAGCGAAUUUGAUAAAGCUUCAAGUACAAAUAAAAAACAAAAAAUUUCAAAUGACAGUGUUGCAAUUUCAGGAAAUGCUGUAGAAAUGAAACAAGAAAAAAUUAAUUUACCAAAUAUAAAGAAAAAUAAUGAUUCAAUAGCUAGUGCUGGUACUAUUGUCGAUUUGAUCACCCAAUCAUUAAAAGCAGAUAAUGAUAAUCUCUUAUUAUCAUCAAUUAAAGUUAAUUUCUCUGUAAUCCAAAGCACCGUUAAAUCACUUCCAUCACCAUACGCAUAUAGUCUUUUAGUUAAAUUAUUAAAAUAUUUAGCAACUGAUAAUUCAAAAUCAUUAAUUGUAUUACCAUGGAUCAAUUGUAUUAUCAAAGAUCAUUCAGGAUAUUUAUUAUCAGUUCCAAACCUUUCAAAAAAAUUAUCAGUUUUAAAUUCAAUUGUUCAAGAUAAAUUUGAUUUACAUAAUAGAUUAUCAAAAUUAGUUGGUAAAUUCGAUUUAAUUCAAAGUCAAACUAAAUCAGUUAAUACAGAAUCAGUUGAAUACGACCCAACUCUUGUUUAUGACGAAGCAAGUGACAACGAAGAUGCCAAUCAAGACGAAGAUGGUGAUAUGACCGAUGACAAUGAAGAUUCUGAUUCCGACGAAUUUGAUGGUAUGGGUGGUGAUGACGACGAAGAUGAUGGUUUAGACGAAGAUAUUGAAGAUUUAAUGGAUGAUGAUGAUUUAUAA